AUGACGGAGGAGACGCUAAACUCUGUGCUUGAACGACUGGUCGUAGUGCGGCGCGAGGGAACCCAAAGGGCUGUUGAACUAUACCGGAAACAUUUGGAAGCCACUGAGUCGGAGCUAGCAAGUGUUACGUUCUCCGUCUAUGUUUUGCCCCUUAGUUUCCUUCUACGGGAAUUCCCUGCGAAGCAUCUCUCUCAAAUUUACAUCUGCCAAAACUAUCCAUUGAGGCGUGCCCUUUUGUGCCGGCUGAGACCUUCCAGCAAGUAAGUGACCAUGUUUCAGUUAUUUCCUUCUAGAACGAGUCCUUCUUCAGAGAAACAGUGGAGGCAGGCCGCAGAAUUGGAGAAUGA